AUGUCAGAAUCCAACCAACUUUCAAGCGAUUUCCUGAAAGAUUUGAAAAACCGUCGAACGUGCAUUUUGUAUGAAUUCCUUCGAAACAAAAACGAAGAAGAAACACUUAUUGAGAUGGCAAAAACGGGAUUCGAAGUUGAAGAUGAAGACGUCAGAAAAGAGGUUUAUCUGCUGUUCAGAAGAUUCAAAAGAGGACGUCUAGGAGUUGAGAUGGAGACAUUGGAGAAGUUGUUGGAGAUGGAGCCAGCGGAGAGUUUGAAUGAUUUGGUUCCAAAAGAGUUUGAUUUCAAGGAUAAAUCAUGCUUCUUCCGGACCCAAUUGAAAAGACUUCCCAAAGCCAAAAUUAUCAAGGAAAUUGAAAUCUAUGCAAACGCUGAUUUCCCGGUAGGCGUAAUGAUUGGAAUCCAUCAGAACGACUCUCGCGAAUGCGUCUACUACCACAAAUGCAACAACGGCGUCGUUGUUCGCUAUCUGAGAAAUAUCAAGCAUUUGGUGUCGAAUAAUCUCAAUUAUCAGGAUGUGGCACUUGACGAUGUGUACAACUUUUUGAAUGAAUGGAUGCAGCAGAGAGAAUCGAUUGAAUUUUUGAAGAUUCGUGCGGAUUAUAUGGAGGCGGAGUUCUACAAGAAGCUAGAUUCGAAAUUCAGAGAGUUGUUGAAAGACAAAAAUUUUGUGAGAAAAUUGAAUGUUGGGAAUUUGCAUUCGAAAUUUACUACGUGUUUGGAUAUGGCUUCGAUUUUCAAAUGUGAGGAAAUGAGAAUUGAGAUGAACGCAUUGAAAGAAGACGCGUCGGAAUAUUUGAAGCAGCUCUUCGAGAAAAAUGAACUCAAAACCAAACUCUUUACCAUUUCGACAUCUCAAAAAAUCUCUGAAUCAAUGAAGGAUAAGUACAAGAAUGUGAUUGGAGAUGAAUUUCGCGAUUUCCUUGUCAAAUAUGAGGAAAAUGAGAUUGUAUUCACUAAAAAGGAAAUGAAACCGUCCACUUCAAAACAGUCGACUUCUGGAUCAUCAUGCGGUGGAUGCUUUUCUAAGCAGACCGAUUCUGGGCCGUCCUCUCCGAAAUAG